AAUGCGCUCGAAAUUUACUCACCGCGAUCUUUCCAUUUUUUUUUUGUUAACCUAAAAUCUUAGCCUUCCCUCAACGUCUCUCCUUUCCUCUCCACAUUCUUUUUCUAUCGCCGACAAGCCGCCGACGAAGGGGCAGGUAACAAGGAGGUAGCUAACGCUAGUUGCUCGUGAGGUGGUCCGUGAGGCAAUGAACGGAGGUCGCUCAUGAGGCGGUCACUACCUCACCAGCGCACGAGGCAGUCAUUGACUCGCCAAACAACGAGCGAUCGCUUCGCGUGCAGGAGGUUCGCGAGCAUCUCUGUCACCACCGAUCAGUUCAUUCCCUUCAUGGGGACAGGUGUUGGGAGUGAAAGGGUUCGAUCUAAAAAAUGCUUUUUCAAAAUUUAUCUUGCUAAGUAUGCGAAGCCAGAGGUUGGAAUUGAAUUUUCUGGAGCUCUUGAACUCAUGAAUUUAAGUGACAGAGAAGGUAGAGAUGCUGAAGGGAGAGAUCAAUGAGAAACUCCUAAAUAAGAUGAAGGCUAAGAUGAAAGUCUUGAGAACAACACGAAACUGGUGGCUAGUGGAACACUAUUUGAUGCAUAUCAGAUUGAAGUAGUAUGAGAAUAUUGUUGUCAGUGAAAUAUUUUAUUGUUGUUUUGUAGUUAAUUUAGAGAUAUUUGUGAGCUUUGUAAAAUGAUAAAUAAAUGAAUAAAAAUUAUGUAUUCACAUUUUAAUUGUAUUUUAAUAUUUUUU